UUGAGGCGGAGGUCACAAUUUCCUGCUACGUCAUCGAAACUAAAGGGAGCGCUUCAGUUCCACGUUUGUAUAUUGCUGUCUUGCGAUAUUCUACACAGAGUUUCAUAUCUCAGUCGAGCUUUGGUAGUCAAGAAUUCUUUACACAAUCGAACAAAGAUCAGGUCUAUAGGCAGCAUGGCUCUGAGGAAGCGAAUGACUGAACAAGACGAGGAUCAGCUGCGGGAGUGGCUGGGGAAGCCUGACGCAGGGUUUGAGCUCUUGUUUAAGGCCUCCACACAGGGCUACAAUCCUGCCACCUUCCACCAGCUCUGUGACAACAAGGGCCCCACCGUCACGGUCGCAUACAACGCCAUCGGCUGGGUCUUUGGGGGGUACGCCAGCCAGUCGUGGGCCAGCCAGGGUGACUGGGUUCAAGCCCCGGAUUCUUUUCUCUUCCGACUUUCAAACGCCAACAAAUUCGAUCCUUUGAAGUUUCCAGCUAACGGUAACAUGGCUCAUUGUUUGUAUAACCAUCAAGGUUAUGGCCCUAUGUUCGGUGCUGGUCACGACUUCCUGGCCUUCACUGGUACGAGCCCAGCGAAUAAUGGCAAUUUUGUCAGUGCAAACGGACAGGGCAACAUUGGUAACACUUACGGCGUUGGGAUGGGCCACAACAUCAACAGUUUUUGUGGAGGAAAUCUCACCUACCUCGACGUAGAGGUGUACUCCAUUGGAAAGAGAGAAGCAAAAGAAGAGUCCAUUGAGAACAAAAUGCUGCAGGAAGGAAAAGAGUGGAGGAAGGUCCAUUGGAGUGACGAGGAACGAGAGCGGCUAAAGCAACAGGUGGCUGGGUACAAGCCGCGGCCCGGUAUGUCCGUUAGCCAGGUCAACGUCCUGCUGGUCGGCCAGGUGGGUUCUGGGAAAUCCAGCUUCUUCAACACCAUCAACUCCAUCUACAAGGGCCGUGUGUCCAGCCAGGCCAUGGCGGGCAGCCAACCGCACAGCCUCACUACAAGGUACCGAACGUACGAGGUGCGUGGAGAACGCGGUGGUGAGACCCUGUGUUUCCGCCUGUGUGACACCAUGGGGCUGGAGGACGCCAACACCGGGCUGGACCUGGACGAUCUGCCCUACCUGCUGGACGGCAACGUGCCCGAUAGGUACCAGUUCAAUGCAGCCGUCAACAUCUCCCCGGCCACACCCGGGUUUAAAAACAUGGCCGGUAUGAAGGACCGUACCCACUGUGUGGCGCUGGCCCUGGACACCUGUAACAUCAGCGUCAUGCCGCAGGGCGCCAUGGACAAGAUCAAAACCAUCUACAACAAAGCACUCAAGAGGGGUAUUCCUUCGGUGGUCCUGCUGACCAAGGUCGACAAAGCUUGUGAAUUUGUCGCCGAUGACCUCACCUUGGUUUACCGAAGCAGGUUCAUCUUAGAGAAGGUACAAGAGGUGAGUGAGAAGCUGGGCCUACCGGAGUACCACAUCUUCCCCGUGCAGAACUACUCUAAGCAGACUUGCCUGGACAACCAGAUCGACAUCCUGGCCCUGUCAGCCCUGGCGCAGAUUCUCGGCUUCGCAGAUGACUAUCUGGACGAGCAUUACGAAGCCCUGGCCACAGAGAACCUGGAGAAACUCAACGUCAAGGAGUAACGUGAAGCGUAGAUGCAGAAAUCCACACAGGACUGGCUAC